AUGCGUACCUCCGCCGUCGCCACCGGCCUCUUCGCCGCUGCCGCCUAUGCCACCUCUGCCCCAACUUGCGAGGGCCCGCCGUGCAUGACUGCCGCCCAGGCUCAGACCGUCGCGACCAACUUCGGCGACCUGAUCUCCGCCUACAGCACCGCCAACGCCGAGGCCUACCUGACCGCCGACUACACCGACUACAGCUCCAGCGUCAACACCCUCAUCGACUACGGCUGCCCCGCCGGCCCCGUCCCCCUCGACGCCCCGACCUUCACCAGCCGUGCCGCCUUCAUCCAGGGCCAGGGCUCGCAGCCUGACAUUCCCUUCAACCAGGAGAACCUGUGGUACACUUGCGACACCGUCUUCAUCCGCUGGUCCACCACCGUUGCCCCCGGCUCGCCCGAGACCGUCACCGGCAUCAUCGCCGCCGAGACCGUGUACAACGCCACCGCGGCCUUCCCCUUCCAGAUCCAGACCGUGUACAGCGAAUUCAACUCCGGCGCGUGGCUCGUCGACCUGGGCGUCUUCAAGCCCACUUGCCCGCCCCCUCCCCCACCCAAGAACAAGCGCUCCGUGGGCAGCAACCUUCCCGCGCGCAUGGCAUAA